AUGAUAUAUUCAAAAUUUGACUUUUUGGACAGACCUUGGUGGAAACCCUCUUUUGAUGAAAGCAAUGCUAAUUAUUUAGUCUUGAAUGCUAAGCGCUUCCAACAUGUCAUAUCAUUAACAGUUAACGAAACUGACGCGCUCUUUUGGAAGGGAUAUAUUGACCUUCAUCGUGAACAUUAUCUGCUCGAAUGUAUUUCUGCAGAAAGCGACGUUGACAUCACUAUCGACUUUAUACAACAGGCUCUUAAAAAACCUGGUACUCUUGGAGUGUUUUUGAGCUGGCUUUGCGGAAAAAUCUUUGCAUCUUGUCUCACACCCGGAAAAUCUUUACGUAUGACUAAAAAAGUGAAAAAUGUUCAUGACACCAUUAUUGGAGUUUUCCCAUCAAUCUUCUUUCCUGAUCUUCCACUAGAUCAGUUUACACUUUCAUUUGCACAACAGUUGCAUCGACAAAUUGGAAAUGAGUUGAUUAGUAAUGCGGGUCAGUAUAGAACGCGACUUGUUAUGGCAGCACAAGAAAACUAUGUAUAUAUGGCACCGGAUUUGAUAGAGGGUAAAAUGAAUGAGUUAUUCUGUCAAUGUAGAGAGAAAUUUGAAAGGACAGACUUGCAGUUGGAGGAAGCUAUCAAGAGCUAA